AUGGCAGCGAAAUACUAUUUUAAAUACGAAGUACGCGAGGGACGGCCAGGGUGCGCAGAUGACGAUUCUUACGUGAGCAGGCCUUACGACACGUUUGAAAGUGCUUAUAGGAAUAUGGUGUCAUUUGAUGUCGACAAUUUUUGGCCCUACUUACGAAGUGUUAGGGAACUAUGGAUAUGGCAGGAGGGACAACCAAAGGUGAAUGUCGAAAGCAGCUUUGGGAUAACGACAGACGAUUUACCGAAACUUGGUGUAACUAAAGAGGAGUUUAGCAGCCUACAAAAGUCUAUGCGAUUGUGA